AUUACAAAAAAUAAAUUCAUAUAAAAAAUUAAAAAAAAAGUUUCAUAAUAAUAUUAUAAAAAGUGCUAAAAAUGUUUACUACGCAAAAUCGUUACACUCGCCGUCACUCCCACUUCGCCUUAGUACAUAUGGUGUUCUUACUAGCAAUAUGCGCCUACUCCAUAGCCAGUGUGCCAAGGUCCGCGCACGCUAUUGAAUCACUUGAGGCGGAGUCGUCGGUUGCCAGCAAUUCGGUGGAGGAUUUGGAGGAGAGUUUCGCUGCUGACACGCUGCUAGCGAAGGACACGGUGUUGAAGAAGAAUCCGGCAAAUAUCGGCAAUAAAUUGAAGGAGCUGUGGGAGCAAAUACCCGAACACACGCUGAAUGCGGUGGAUAUAAAGAAGUGAAGGUGUUGAAAAGUAGUACUAAGUGAUAACUUGCGUUGGCUGGUUGUUGUAAGCAAGGGGGGGAAAAUGCGGUGGGAGAUUUAUACAGUCUAAAAAUGUGGAAAAAAGCUGUUUUGAGCAUAUUGGUGGAUAAUUUUUGGAGCGCAGGAGUCCACUCAAGCGGUAAAUUAAUGAGAUUGAAAACCAAAUAUCGAUAAAUACCAACGAAUUAAGUUAUACAAAUUGAUAUUAAAUGUUGAUAUCAUUUAUUAUUAAUCACUUUUAGAUAAUAGUAAAUUUUGAAAACUUCAAAAUGUAUUUUGAAUUAUUAUUAAACUCAAAUAAUUAAUAUUCAUUACAUUACUAACAUACUCAUUUUUCAUAUUUAUUGUUAAUAACUAUGUAUUUAUAUAUUAAAAAUAAAUUAUACAAUUAAUAAAAAUU